GGAGUAUAUUUAAUGAAGUCGUGUUUACCAGAAUCAUCGUCAUGGCGAAUUGUUGUUUUUCCACCAGUUUUCUGGAUUUCCUGAAGGCGAUAAGCGAGUAGAAUGAGAUCCGAAUUUCGUCGCUUGUCCAUUUUUUUCGACUUGUGAGUUUGACGACGAUUCGCGACCGGCGUUGUUCGACUUCUACCGGGUCUUGUGUCAAGUUAUAAAGUAGACUUCAAAUGUUAUGUCAGUGCCGUAGCGAGGCAGGUGGACUGAGAACCAGAGACUCUCUUGCAGUUGCAUUUCAACAAAUAUGUUAGCCUCGGCGGCCGCCAGGGCCCAUCAUGGGCGCGAGGAAAAACAUUCGAGAGAAGAAGCUUUGAAACGUUCUCAAAUCGCAUUACUCGCCGAUGGGCAUGGCGAAGAAGAAGAGGAGCUCCACACUCAAUUGCUACCUCCGCACUACCUGCUAGUACCGUUCAAGGAUUGUGAUUAUGAGUUGCAUGAUGGACAAGUAAGUUGAAAAUGAAAUGUGUCUUCACAAUCUCUCUCAAGUGCCUGGAGCAUUUUAUUAUAAAUCAAUGCGACUCGCAAAAAUCCUACCAUGGUAGACAUUCACUCGGGCGCCAGGAUUUUUAGCCAACUUGCUGUUAACGUUCGCGUAUAAUCGUCACCAAACCUGGCCAGAAGUGACGAAUUUUUUCGGUUUAGCCUUAUCACGUUUCUGUGCUUUCCGCGGGCAAGACUUCCGCAAAUUUUCGAUCGAAUGCUUGUAUUUGAAUUCGUGGAAGCCGGCAAGGAAAACUUUAUACAUAAUCUUGAGCAUGUGUAAAUAUUUAAAAAUUAUGCGAAUGUAGCUUGUGUAGAGUAUGCAUUUUCCUCGAAUUUCGCUCGCCUAUCCUCUUUCUUUUCAAAAACAGGAGUCAGAAAUUAAUGUCGUUUGUCUACUCUCCGCAGCGGAAAUGUCUUGAAUGUGUAGUAAAAAAGUCUUCUUCGCCGGAAUUUGAUAACAAAAAUGUUCGUUUCAUUUAUGGCUUCCUACUUGGGAUUCAACGCUAAAGUCCGAGGAGAGCUUUUGAAAUAUUCCCGAGCCUUACCUUAAGAACAGACAGCGACAAUUCAAUUUUCCGAACUUCAUUUCAGUUGAUUGAAAUAUCUGCUAGACUAAAGUGUGUUUCGUUGGCUCAUUAUUCAUAUUGUAAUUCAGUAAGUAGAUAUAGCCACCGAUUCAAGGAACGCUCCGCACUGCCAACCACGUCGAUGUAGUCUUUUUACAAAAGUGAAUUAUGUUCGAUGGCGAUUAAUUCGUUUUCUAAUUUAAACACUGCUGUGACAGAACGUGAAUGUGUCUGCGAAAAUUUUGUCAGUAAAUUUUAUUUCGUAUCAUUCAGAUGUUGAUUUGAGUUGCGAGGCCUGUUAUCGUUCAGUCAGCCGUUUCUGUUGGAGAUAUAGCUUUCUUUCGCCGUGCUCUGCUGCCUUUCGCAAGCAAACAACGGUGAAAAUUUAAAGGUUUUCUUUCUUCCAAUGUCAUACGGCAAUAGAAAAGUCAAACAAGGUUCCUUUGUUGUCCAAAUGUCGAAUUCUGCCCUUUUAUUUGCUUACGUUGGUCGCUUUCCAAUCGCAUAACUUCGGCAUUGUGUUCGUGUGUUAAGAAUAUUGCGAAUUAGCCUGUGGACAGUACGAACACGAAUCGACAAUUUUAUAGACGAAACUUUCUUAGAAACUGUACUUUUGCCAUUGAAAGAAAUUAAACGCUUUGUCAUACGUUAGUGUUAUUUUUUAAUCAAAAGUCAUUCUUAUUUUGUUAUUUCGGGUAACUACGGGCUCGCUUUUUGACUUAAAUUAACAAAAGUAAGAAUAAUAAAUUUUUCGUUAAAAAUUCGCACAUUUGAGGAAAUUAUUGUUGAAUAUGCGUAGAAUUUCUUGGCCACGCUGUAAAUACUCUUAUGCGAGAUUCGGAACCGCAGGUUCGAUGAAUAUUAAUAAUCUUUAUCAAGAAAAUGACAGUCUCUUUAAUCAAGCGCAAACUGAGCUUUACGCCUUGAUUUAAACGACGGAUACAAUAUAGAAAUUCGACAAGUUUGGGAUUGUACUUUGUCGCAAAAAUAUGCAGCUAGCCUUUUUUGUGUAACUGAUAGCGCACAUUAAAGGACAGAUUUUUGCUGACGUUGUGUUCGUACAACUACUGGAUUUCGGCAUGUUUCAUUCUGAGUCCAGCAACCUGCUCUCCACAUAAAUAAAACAAGAUUGUUCGGAAGACCGCAAAAUGGGGAGGGGUUUUAAAACGACUCGAAAAGCAUCUGACCGAAGACUUGGAAUUAUUUGUCAGGACUUCGCGAAAUAAUUUUUGACCGUGUUUUGCAGAAACGGUACUGGUACGCAUUCCUUUAAACCAUGCUGAACAUUUUUUUUUUUGCAAAUAAACUUGUCAGACUAUAAUCGUACAGGUACCGGUUGACUUUAAUAGUAUUCGAUUUCUGAGGAAUAGAUAUUCAGAAGGACUUGAUUCUAUUGGCACGUGCUAACAAGCACUUGUGCCUAAACGAGUUUAUUUUAAUUCGAGUCGGCAAGGUUUUGAGUCUUUCGCGAAUCUCGAUGCCUCUGUAAAUGAAAUAUUAAUAGUGUAAAUUUUGCCCUUCAAAGAAUUGAUUUACAUACUUUAAAUAAUUCAUCAAAAACUUUUGUUUGGGCCCUUUUCCCCAUUUGUUAAGUUGAUAAAAUAUUUAAAUUUCUUUCCCUCGACAAGUGACAGUGUAAUACCAUGUUUACCUAACUGAAAAUUGAAGGCGAUCGGGAGAUUUUCAGUUCUUCAUCGUACCUGCAAGAACACCAAAGACAUACGCGCCGACUCUCGACUUUCUUCACACGAUUUUUGUUGCUAAAUUUAAACCAGCAUCGGCGAUUCGUUGCAGACCGCGCUCGUCCAAUUAGCGCGAAAUUGCACCCAGUCGGCGUAAACGUUCGCUAAUUCCAAUCCGUAGUUUUAAUUUAGAAAACAUGAAACGAGUUGUCUGAUAAUUUAAUUUCUCUCAAUCGAUCGCGAGAGCGUCUUUUGCAAUGGCCUCGAGAUUUAGUUAACCGGGCCAUUGUUCGCUUUUUGAGAGUUUCUGGUAGCUAAACAGUAGGAGUCUUUGAGUCCUGUCUAAUUCUUAGCGAUAUAUGUAGUUUCAGCUACAUUGCUUUUAAAAUUGUACUAUUGACGAGUUGACUUGAAGUCUUUUUGGCGGCGAGCUGACAAAUGGAACAGAAAGAUGCCGAAUGGCUGUUACCUCGAAAGUCACUUUUGUGGUCAAAUUUUGUGGGAAAAAGUCGCGUUUGUUUUGCUAAAGAACCCUAAGGUUACAAAAGUAUGUUAUCUCUUAGCCGUGUAGCGUUGCAUUUGUCUGUCAUAUUCUAACAAACAGCGGGCAUUUGCAACUGUUUGCGUUCGUUGUUACCUUCCAUGAACGGUUUGUCCACAACUACGACCCAAACAAAGCCGUGCCGGACAAAAGGAGUCUUUGAUAGAAAGCCGACCCCCUGUAAAUUGCAAAUCUUGAAACUGAAUAAGAAUUUGAGUAAUAUUUAUGUAUCCCGCUGGCUAAAGAAAGACAACAUUGUUUCGGACAGAUGUUUCGCUACUCAGGACCCAACCUUAGUUUUCUCGGCAAACUGGCAGAUAGGUUAUGCGGCUGUCUUCAUGUCGAACUCAAAUCUGCUAAAGAUAGUGUGACUUUGUAACCUAAGUUGUGCUCGAAAAAGGCGAAAAUUCGUCGGAGAAACAACCCGUCUUUCGGAAUACAUUAGGAACCUUUGCCCCCCGAAACGUGCGCGGUUUUUUUUUUCAAUUUAUUAUGACGAGACUGGAACUUAAUCAGAAAGAUGAAAUUAGGUAAAGCAUUGCACCUCUGCGGGAAAUAAAAUAUAUUUUAAAGUGUUUGUGUGAAGUUGAUCAACAAUGUUUCGCUUAGGAAUUUCUUGUUUCAUGGCGCUACAUUGUUGAAAAAAAAAAUCUCGUAAAAAACGCCAAUAAUCCUUCUGCCAUAUCGCUGAGGACAAAUCUUAAUGGAAACGUCUAAAACCUUUUCUACUUUGUUUAUGUUACGAAUUCGUCAUCUAAUUUCCUAUUAGCAUUGAAAAAGUCGUCCCUAUUGUUCUGCCAUUCUUCGACUACUUCAUAUUUAUAGGAAAUUAAAAGUAGCACUCGUGUUAUUUGUAGAGAAAUUAUCAAUUACCUUCUUAUUUUUCUCUGAGGUGACUCAUGCCUGCAUUCUAAUAAGUAAAUUCACUUAUAAAAUUUAAUGGAAGUCAUAGACACUGUUAUUCCCGAUGCUCGCCGCACAGUUCUUCUUCCCUUAAUUUUAUGAUCUCAGAUAGGUAUCAACCAAUUGUAGUCACCAAAACAGCGAUUGCCGGCAUCGAGUGAAAUUGCGCCCCUUCUUCUAAAUAAACUCGCCUUGUCACUUCCUAUUAAAAUGAAUAUAGCUUCCGCAUUAACGAUAUAAAAAACCUAAAUUGCCUUGGAGUGUUUUUUCUGUACGGGAAAACAUUUUGAAAUCCACUUCCAUAUUGAUUCGGGAGCUGUUCAAUUUCCGAUUUGACUGUAUCUGUGUUUGAUUUUUUUUCCUUACUUAUUCAUAAAAAAAGGAGAGAGCUUACUUUUCUUUUAUUCAGAUUACAAGCUUUCAAUAUAAGGAUCACAAUUAGAACAAAGCCAUUUACCGUUUACCAAUUUACGUAGUAAGUUCUGUUUGUUCUGCUUCGCCGCGAUAAACCGAUAGUUUCGCUUUUGCCUUAUAAGGUAGUCUUGGCGCCGCUUUUUACCAUAAAAAUUAUUUUGCUCAGAGCUUAAAAGAUCGUCUUUGAAUCGUAAAGUAAAAGCAGGCCUUUUGAUACAAAUUUUUACAGGAUCGAAAUUAAAUCCUUUGACCAAAUUAAAAAAAUGGGUUUACCCUUUUUGACGAGAUUAAUUCAUAUUUACUCUCAGAAUUGUUCGCGAUUCCCAAAGAUGCCAUUAGUUUUAACAAGCUUAAUAUUAAUACCAGUAUUACAGGUAAUUGAGUUUAUUUUCUUAUUAUUUCGUGUAUUUUUUUCUUUUUUAGACUUUCCUUAUUGUUGCAAACAAGUUUGGCAAGCAGUAUGUAUACCGCUUCCACGCAUCAGAUUCCCUGUAUAUAUUCAGUCCUCGGAACAAGAUUCGAAGAUUUGUUCUUUUUCUCAUAACACAUCAAUAUCCUUUUAUUCUGAAAUCAUAUGCCAAUUUAUGGCCAGUAAUUAUGUUAAUUUGAUUAUAUUUAAGCUUUGGGAUUGAAAUUUAUAGUUGCAUGCCUAUGUUUCUGUUUCUGUUUUGGUUUGUAGUCGUUCGUUUGUUUACUCAUGAUCUUUCAGUUUUGCGUUAGUUGCUGUGUAUGAUUUUAGUUUCCUCUGUUCUUUUGUCUUCUCCUAUCACUGAAAGCUGCAGCUAACAAUUAGUUACCGGACAAUAGACCCUUUCCACGUUUUUUUUUUGUUUAGAGUGAUUUUACUUGAACCGUGAAACAGAUACUAACAAUUAGUGCAAAAUAGCAAGACGUAAACAAUUAAUAAGACAUUGGAUUUAGUGCAUAAUAGUGCGUAGUAUUCUACUACCUAUUUCACGGGUUAAGUAAAAUCACUCUAAUUUUAUCUGGGGCCAGUUAGCGAAAAGAAGUAAAGACGCCAUAUUUGAACGUGAUUUGUUGAAAAUUGGUCAAGGUUUAGCUCCGCAAAGUCGCCGAAUCUUACAGACGUUUGUAUGGUGUAGGGCAAGUUAGUGCCCCCCCACCACCAUACCCCCCCCCCCCCUCCACCAUAUACCCCCACCAUACAAGCGUCUGUAAAAUUUCGCGACUUUGUAGAGCAAUAUCUUCGCUCGCUUUUAGCGUAUCACCUUUAAACUUUGUAAGUCUCUUAAUUUUCAGGGCCUUUUACCUGUGGCGUCAAUAGAUAUUUGCUAAAUGGUCUUUAUCAAAACUUAAAAAAAUAGAAACGUGAAAGGGUCUAUUCUGACUAAAAUUGGCCCAUGAGCGACGAAAUCUUAACUGUGGUCGGACAAGAUGGCCGGAUAAAGUCAAGGAUAUUAUUUUGCAGAUGAAUAAAAUCUACCAUUAGCGCAUGUUUAUUGCGUACCAACGAAAUAACACUGUUGCACUGAGUAAAUAUUUCAAAUGGUAGUUAGCCGUUUUUUCUGCAAACCACAGUUGACGUUGACGCGAUGUUACUUGGGACGAUUGGCAACUACAAUUUUCAGCGCAACACAGCGUUACGAUAUUGUUGCGACAUUGUUUGGAAUUAUCACAACAUUGUUCCAAGAUUAUUGCCCUAUAAAUCGUCGUUUCAUACUGUUUCGGCUAACAUUAACUGUAAGACGCGCGAUUUAGUCCGACCACUUUUUUUUGUAGUUUGUCAGACCAAAAUAGUAACUUAGCUGGACAUACGUCUCUGGACAGACGUUCUCUCAAGAAAGAAAGGACCUUUCUAAACUUACUCCUCAGUAAGGGACCUUGUGAAUCGUGUUGCCCUUCCCGAGGCUUUUUUCGUAGCUCAUCACUAGGUUCCAACCUUUCACAGUUUUCAGUGGUUUCUGUGACCUUACUUGAAUGUGGAAGUGGUUGGUUUUAACACUAAAGCUAAUUUAGGUCUCAAUAAGAAUUGAGAAAGGUCCUUAAUAGGACAAUCAUGUCACUUUUGGAGAGCAUAUGGCAUAAAGUUUAUUUGUGGCCCGAGUCCGUUCGGGCGCAAAUGAUGUCACGAGGCCCUUGUAGUGGUUCUGUGUCGGACACAAAUAAACUAUAUGCCUGACAAAAGUCAUGUGAUUAUAUUUAUUAUCAGUACACAAGGCCAAAUCGUAAAAAUUUAUUUCAUAAGGAAAGACUGUUUAACAAGAAAAAAAGUUGCGGGCCGCAAAUUCCAUCAGUGCAGCCCGCACUUCGCCGUUUGGUCCGCGAUAGCGAGCGUUUUAGAGAGAGCAGUUUGUCAUUUGGCCGCGUGUAGUGAUAAUAAUUUCAAUUAUUACUAUCUAUAAAUAACUGUUUUUCCCCAUAUAAGGGAAUCCAAGACAGUCUUGGAUUCUGGAUUCCACGCCGUGGACUUUGUUCCGGAUUCCAGGUACGUUUUCUCAGUGGAAAAUUUCCCAGAUUCCGGAUUCCACAAGAGGAAAAUUCUCCUUACAUGGGGCGAAUUUUUACUGUUAAUCUGUUGGUACAUACAUAGCGCUGUGUGAGUGUAAUCUUCAAGUUUCAAUGUUUUCCUUGACCAUUUCUCACAUAUUUCGAACUUCUUAUUCUUCUAACAAUUUUAACAAACUGUGUUUUCCUGGCUAUGAGCGACCCGCCCGAUGUUGCUGAGUAAGUACAUCAGCUCUUUAUCUGACCCCCGUCCACGUGCAUGACCGCUUUAGUUUGACGUCGUUUGGUACAGUGGAACCUCGCCUUACGAUCACCUCGUUAUUACGACCAGGACCUUAUGGCCCAACGGUAGUCGCAUUAACGGAGUUCCUCUGUACAGAUAUUCAAACUCAGUUUGCUGUUCUUUUUUUGCACUGUCCACCCCUAUUAACCAGCGAGCAGCCUCGCAAUUCAACAAAGGUAAAGGGUUACGCGCGAGGAGCCAGCGAUGCGAGGAGUGAGGUCGCACUCGCGCGUAACCGCCCCCUACUACUCUUUCUCAAACUAUCAAAACAGAUCAAAAACGCUUUUACCUUCUGAAUUUCUUUGAUGUCAUUCUUGUUUUCCACUAUCAAAAAUCACAAUUUUGGACAGCUUAGAAAAGCAGUUUUGGAGUGUUCUGAAUGUGCACUCCCUCGAGAGGGCGAUGCUCCAUUGAGACUAAUAGUAUAGUCAUACUUAUAGUCACGCCUUACUCCACAAUGCCGUGCUAAAAAAAUUAAGACAAGACCUCGCCUACGCUUACGCUACAAGUUAUUAACAACACAUCAAUGAUGUGCUCGCGACUGAAUAAAUUAAUUGUGCGAUACAUAAAGAAACAAAAUUUUUUCUCCUUAUUUUCACGAAAAAGAUAGUUAUUACGUGUAUUGGCUAUUUGCAUGACUGCCAAGCUAGACUCGGGCUACUCUUUUCCCAUGGAUACUGAUAGCCCACGCAAUUUUUUCAGAAUGGAGCACGUAUUAUUUACUCAUGGCGAUUAGAGCGGUUUUCAUUUGAGUGUCGAAAAGUAAUUGGUUUUGCACUUUCUACACGAUGCGAUUGGCUUAAAAGAUUCGCGCCACCUUUUCAUCCAAUCAGAAGUAAAACCAAAGCCAAUUGUGACGCGCUCGCAUGCAUUUUCCCGCGCUUUGCGUCAGCCACAUGUAAUUACUUCGAGUUUUGUUUGGUUCAAUAUAUUGUCUGUGUCCUAUGUGAUUGGCCAGAGUAAUUACUUUGGUUUUGGUUUUACGACACUCAAACGAAAACCACUCUAAGCAACAAAUUUCAGACCACGAAAGACAUUUAUUGCCACGAAUUGUUUAACCUGGGGAAAUCUAUCACUGAGCAUUUUUUGAUUCGUAAUAUUUUUCAAGGAAAAAAGGGUUGUUCCUUCUUGAUGCUGGAGGUUUUCGUAAGAACGUGACGAAAAACAAAACCAAAGUCUAUCUAUCAAUUUCUUAAGUUAUUAGUGUGUUUAAAAUAUCUCCCCACAGAAUUUUCUACAAGUUCUUUCACAAAGUCACGAAAUGCAAUAUAAUAAUCUUGUUCUUUUUUCGGCUGGAUACAUGGAUUACAUUAAUUACAUUCGUCCUUUUUUUAAAGUCGUGCAUAAUACACCUGAUGAGGAAGAUUAAUAGAAAUUAGUCCCAGUGAUUAUUGAAAACUUAUUGAACGAGUGACCACUGCUUUUCACAGUUGGAUCCUACGAGUUUUCACAAACGCUGCUUUGCUUCUCUGUCAGUGGAAAGAGAAACCGCUUCUUUGUUCUAAAAUGUUGUCUAUACUUUUAACAUUAUUUUUGUCUGUACUUUCCCUGUUUUUUUUUUUUUUUUUUUUUUUUUAGUUCAGUAUACCACAAGGUUAGCUAAGGCUGGUCUUUGUUCACUCUUGGUCACUAGAUCCAUGUUUUGAAAUUAUCUCCUAAAUAACACGAGGUUGCUUUGAACAAAAAAAUUCAAUACAAUUCUACCGUACUGUUUGUCUCAGGAAUUUAAAUCGAAGGAGCGGAGCACGAGCAAAAGGUUUUUAAACUCGCUUGAAUGCGUCGCUCGCUUCAAUUUGCAAGCUUGUGUUACUAAUCAUUUUCUGAUUUUCUUUUUUCUUUCCCUCAGAUAUGUGUUUGCAGCUAUCUAUACAGUUGAAAUGUUUCUUAAGAUCAUAGGCCGGGGCUUUGCACUUCAUAAAUAUGCAUAUCUUAGAAAUGCGUGGAAUUGGUUAGACUUCCUUGUAGUAGUUUUAGGGUAAGUAGAUUUAUUUUGACGCCCAAAAAUGACAAUCAGUUUGGGUUGAAUUUGAAUAGGAAAAGGACUUCGACAGCAACAGAAAACUGAACACAUGGCAAUGGACUCGCUCACUUAUGAAACAAGAGAACGUGACUUAGUGUUUUCCCUAAACCGUAAAAGAAUUCAUUUUCUUUCUGGUUUUAAUCUUUAUGUCUCCAAUUUGGUUUCAAGAGAGCUUAGCGGUUUUCCAGCGUGGGUUGUUGAGAAAUCGUCACUUAAAUUACGUCAUGCCCGCAUCGCAUUUUCACGCGAGAGGGUUUAUCCCUUUAUCUUGUAAUGACUAUUGUUUGGUUGAUUUUCUCAUGACAGCGAGUAAGCAAUGAUUUAUUCAUUUUUCUCUUGUCAUUAAUCAUAAGCUGAUAAGGCAAUUACUUUGACAUUGAUGACUAAUCCUUAAGUGUCGAAAUCCUUAUAUAAUGUGGGAUUAAAAGCAAAUUCUUACAUGGAAACAUUCAUCUCAAUAGCCGGGAGAUUUCAUCUGUCAGGGGGUCUUUUUUAUAGUGAAUCAACUCUUAUAUUUCUCGAAAUGGACGUGAUACAGUAAAAACUCUUAAGUUAUUCAAGGCUCAAAAGCUAGCCAUUACUAUGGAAACCAAAGGUUGUUUACCAGGAAUUAGUUCAUUUCUAAGAUUUAUAAUAUAAAAUGACGAACGAGCUAGACCACGAGAGUGAAAGAAAAUUAUACAAUAUUUCGGCUCUAUUUCAGAGUUAGAAUCAUGUAAUAAGAAAUAAAGCUAAAAUAUUGCAAAACAAAAACAAAAUUCUCUCAUCAUUGUAAUUAGCCAAAGCUUGGUAUCGAAAAAAUGAUCACCCGAUCCUCUGUAUCGUUUUGUACAUUUUCUGUUCUAAAUUGUCAGUUGAUUUUGGAUAAACCUGAAACAUAUUCACGCACAUUUUGAGCCCUGAUAUUCUCUUCCUCUAGCAUAUAAGUUGUUAAAUCAUUUAGCACACGUGGAAAGAAUUCAUUUGAUAAAUUUUCUCUCAAUGCAUGGUUGCCUAUUUUUUAUUUCCUUGCAGUUAUAUAACAAUGCUUCCUGGAGUAGAAGAUUUAUCAGGAAUUCGAACGUUUAGAGUCCUUAGAGCUUUGAGAACAAUAUCAGCUGUUAAAGGUAAAAAAAUUAAAAGUGAUAAUUAUUAAAGAUAUAUUCUUUUUUUUGUUACGAUGAAGAACGUCAAAUUGACACCCAAGGCGGAACCGAUAACGCGGAAUGUCUGUUCCUGUUUCCCUGUCAUCCUAAGCCUAGGCCAAACGUUGAACUUUUCAUGAGACGAACCAAUCUCCAAUUUGGGUCUACCGAAAUUAAAGUAAGAUUAAGUUAAGAGGCGUCGAUUCAAUCAACUGAAUCAGACCAAAAAGUAGUUUUAAUAAAUUUUCUCCCGAACGAGGCUAAAUAUAAAUUAUCGUACAAAAUUUUUAAUUUAUUAGUUUAGUUUUUCCCAUGUGAAGAUCGACGUUUGUCCCGGAGACGAUCUUCAGGCGUUCUAUCCGAUCCAUACUCAUUCAGAUAAACUUAACUGAGCCACGUCGAACUUUUCAUGAACUUAACUCACUAAGUUUGGUUCGUCUCAUGAAAAUUUCGGCGUUUGGCCUACGCCAAACCUAAAUCCUAGAAUGUGUUGCGAACGUGACGAGGAAACAUAUCAACGACCACUGUGUGCUACAUCUUAUUAAAUGCUAUGAGCCUUUAGCUCAAAGCAAAAACGAGUGCGGAACUGAAUAAAAAUUUCUAUAGCUCUUGGGCCAGCUUUGGCCGGGUGCGUUCUUAGUCGUUAGAGAGAUUUACAAGCACUGACGGUUACCCGCGCCAAAACGCAAACGUCAAUUUGUACCACGUGACCAAGUUUUCCCUUUUACUGUCGUUUACUGUUCAUUAUAUCUACCUAAAACUAGUAGUUUCAGGCCAUUUUCAUCCCAAGAAUUAUUUUGCACAGUUUUUAUUUGUUCAUUUCCUUAUUUGAGAAAUCGUCAACCUGAAUUUGACGUUUCCCGUUUGCCGUAAACGUGAAUUUUAAAUCUCUCUAAUUUCAGCGCUAAAGUUCUUAUAGACUAAGGCGACGACAGUCAUCGCGGUCAUUUUGUUAGCUUCAAGGUCUAACAGUUUGUAGGGCAUGCAAUGAUUUCUUUCUCAGUUAUUUUAAGAUCCUAAGUAUCGGUCCGGUUCUUGCUACCGAACCACCCACCCGCGACACCCUAAUGUGCUUCUAACUAUUAUUAUUGUUUUGUUUUUGCAGGGUUAAAAGCCAUGGUUAACACGCUACUUAAAUCCAUCAGAAUGUUGUCUGAUGUUCUUAUACUCACUACUUUCUUUCUAUGCGUCUUUGCUCUAAUUGGCCUCCAACUCUUUGUUGGCGUAAUGCAGUGGAAAUGUGUUGCCAACGGAUGGCAUCAAAAUCAUACUCAGGACUUUGAUCAAUAUAUUAAAAAUCCAGGUAAGUAAAAGUCACUUCAGCCUGGAUGAUAGUUCCGUGAUAGUUCUUUUAAUUCACCCCUUUUAUGGUUUUUAUGACUAUCGCAGUCUCUUCAUAGCGAAUCGAACUUGAUUCACCACAAUUAUUUUUGCUGUAAAUAUAAGUCUGUUAGCCCAGUGGAAGAGGUAUUUAAUUUUAGGUUUGUUUUGUUUGCACGAUAUUUUCCCCCUUAAAUCACCCAGUCUCUAUGGGGGGUUCCUCAAGUUGAGAACUGCAAUGGAUUAAUGUUAAUUGGUUUAGUAUUAGUAUAUAGAGGGAAGCUCCGCUUUUAGGCUUGGCUAAAUCUAUAUAUUAGUUCCUGACAACACUGAUGCCGAUUUUGCUUGAAAACGUAAGAUAUUUACGCGUUUCUGCCUUGCCUUCACACGAUCAAACACGGCGGUUUCUGAGCAAUUUUACGAGAGUGCUGUCGAAAGUGGAGAUUUUCAAAAACGGAAGAUUUAUCGUUUUAGUACAGGUAAGAAAAAACUAAGAUUUUCGAAAUCGCUGACAUAACAGCGAGGCAUGAUAUACUUGCAAGCUUGAAAUUGGUGGGAAAACGAGAGUGUCACUGGCGCUAAUCCGAGAACAGCCUGAGAACGAAAACGUAUCACGACGAACACGCUGCAAGAAGCGCUAUUUUGGAAGUGGAGCUGUAGAAGCAAAGUUCUUCGAAAAUGAAAUUUAUGCGGACAGGGCCUCACACGCAAAAACACUUCAUAUCUCUAUUAUUUUACGUUGUUUAAUGUUCGGUACCGCAGGUCUGCUUCAAUUUGAGUGGUCACUGCACAGGUUUUCACAGAUUCAAAAGUUAGAACUUGUUUAUACAGCAUAGCGGACUGUUCUCCGUGAAAGUAGUGGCAGAGUAAUCGUAAUCACAUACCGUUUGUAGUGCCUUAUUAGUGUACGUCAGUAGCAACCGUGUACAUUCAGUGUGGUGACAAGUUUUGCUGUCUUCCAGCUAAUCAUUAUAUUUUUGAUGGCGAUGAAGUAGCUGUUUUGUGUGGCAAUUCUUCAGUCUCCUAGUAAGUCAGUUCUUCUUUUAUCAGUAGUCAAUACGGUUUAGGAAGAGACUAUCCAUGAAUCAAUAAUACUAACUUCGUGUAAUUCAGACAACUUAAAUUCUGUCAUGUGUGAUCAACUGCUGCCCUUGCUUUUUAAAUCAUAUUGCCUUCCCUUUGAUGAACAAAUCGUUCAGUGUCCACAGAAUACAAAUAGAUAAAAAAAAUCGAAAAAUCUUUACGUAAAAUUUACGGGUAUUUUUACAUCCUUUAUCACCUUCGGGUAAGGAAAUCCAGCAACGACAAGACUAUGGUAGAAACCGACAUGUUCGUUGGAAGUGCCCGGUAUCUCUUUUCACUCUCAUUUCAGUUAAAUGCGAGCGAACGCACUUUAUAAUCGUUAAUAGUGAAAAUAAUAAUGAUGAUGAUGAUGAUGAUGACGAUGAUAAUAAUAAUGAUAAUAAUAAUUUGUUUUAACAAAUCAUUAAAAGCAGUUACCCACUAAUUAAGGACACCUAUCCAAGAACUAACAAAAAGGCUAAAAAAACAUAAAACAAAAUUCAUUACUUCUAGGUUAAUUUAUUCUCUUUUCCUGUUCAGCCAAUGUCCUGAAAACUACACGUGUAUGCCUAAUACAGGCCCAAACCCUAUUUCAAAGUACAUCAGCUACGAUAACUUCGGUUGGGCUCUCUUAACUUCUGUGCAGCUUGUCACAAUGGACUAUUGGGAGAGUAUAUAUAACAGUGUAAGUAGCUGUCUCUUUGGGAUCUACGUGUUUUGCGAAAUCAGUUUUGGCAUAGUCUGCUGUCGCAGACACUCUAAACUGCAGUAUACUAGAUGCAUGGGCCGGUUGCAACACCGGAUAUCUUAGCGAGCUUGCUGUACUCAUUGUUUUAAGUAAUAUAUCGAACACUAGGCACUAUGUUUCAUGAAAAGAUCAAACAACUGAGGAGAGUUGAAAAUGCGACACGCAGCGAAGUAUUUUUGAUGAAAUUCGAGUUGUUCGAUCUUGCGAUGAAAUACUGUGUGGAAUGUUUGAAAUUACUUGUUAAGAAAUGAUUUGACAAGGAGAGAUAAAGGAUGCAAUAAUUGCGAGCUCUUCAUCUAAUUUCCAAACACUUCCUUUUGAGAAUUUGAAUCAACGACCCACCCGUACUUCGGAGAGAUUCUCACGGUUACACUUGUCAGAGGCGUGUCUGGGGAGAUCAGUCUUUUUGUAACCGGUACUCGUUGUUAGAAGUGCUACAACACCCUAUUUGCUAUCUUUUCCAAAAGCUAGAACUUGUCGUCGCAUCAACUGAAUUCCAAAAAAUAAUUGUCCAGGAAUUGAAACUGUUUCCUGUCAUCUGUUGCAACGGAUGGCAAGGAUGGAAAUGGAUUAAAAUGGAUUCAUGCCUGCAAAAAUUACCCAAAAAUUAUCAUGGUUAGUGCUCCCUGAUGAAAUUUGUUAUAUAUUUUCUUCAUAACUCUACAGCCCUGGCCCCCGGUUGUUCAAAAGUUGAAUAGCGCUAUCCACCGGAUAAAUCGCUAUCCAGUGGACAAGUCUGAUUACGAAAACCGAUUGCGUUAUCCGCUGGAUAGUGAUUUAUCCCGUGGAUAGCGUUAUCCACCUUUUCAACAACUGGGCCCAAGGCAUUUUGUGUAUGGCUGAAGGCACCAAGUAAUCGCUUAAGAACUUGACCUAUAACAACAAUAUGCUCGUGAUAUUGCCCUAUUAACAGUUGCAUUCUAAAUCCUACCCUUACUUAAGUAAGAUGCUCUUGGCUUCGCUUGUCAAAUAACGUGAAUUUUAACGUUAUUAUCAUUCAGGUUAUAGCGACCAAGGGUCCGUGGUACGUGUUCUAUUUUUUGUUCGUGAUUUUCUUGGGCCCCUUCUAUCUCAUCAAUCUUGUCUUGGCUGUUGUAUCACUCUCCUACGAGCAGGAAACCGCUGCCCUUCAGGACGCAGGACUCAGGGUAAGUACUAUUUAAAAUAGGGACCUUAAGCAGAAACGGUUACAGUUCAGCUCAUCGGUGGAUCUGUCACAUAAAACAACAGGCGCCGAGGAUUGUCCCUACAUCACGAUAGCGUAGGGUCAAGGGUGAUGGAUUCUAGCCAAAUCCUUUUUGUUUUUUUGUUUUGCUCUGUUUUGUUUGUUUGUUUGUUUUUUAACCAAGACGAACGACUACGAAGUUGAGGUCCGUAAAACUGCUAAAAGCAAUUGAACUGAAUGAAGAUGUAUAGAACUCAAAACCUUUAUCGCCUGGAUAAAAUCCAACUUAGUGGCCACUUUAGCAGUUUUAGAGAUUGAAUAUCCAAACGUCUUUUCUCUCUCUAGGCGCAAGCCUUUGCCAAGCUUAAAAGAAGUGCGUCUACGUAUUCUUUCGAUGGAAAAAUGGAACCGGAACCUCUGUACGAGGAGGACUUGAAGAAGAUCGAGGAUCGCAAUGCGUACAUUGCAGCCCAUCCGGAAGAGUCCGAACAUCAGACGGAACUCGAAGAACCAACGGAGCUUACUGUCGAAGUCCCGACGAAUCCGAGCUGCUGGAAAAAAACUCAGAAGAAGGUCGCUCAUUUCGUGAACACUUCGGGAUUUGAGGCCCUUAUUACCGCGUGUAUCCUUUUCAACACUCUUGCAAUGGCUUUGGAACACUUUAAAAUGGACAAAACGUUUUCUAAAGUGCUUGAGAACUGUAACUUGGUGAGCAUUUCGAAUAUUAUUGAUUUUUUUCUGUGUGUUGGAAGAGAUAUAAUGUCGACACUGCCGAGGAACGCUUGGUUACGGCAGCGAAAGAAAAGCAAUUGAAUAAGCCGCAUGAAUUCGCCACCGAGAAUUGUUUAUCAGGCAAUAAAGAGGAGGUUCAUCAAGUUUUAUGACUGGCGGCCAAUGACGGGAUCUAGAACGUCCAAUCUUCGUCAUUGUUAAUAUCUCUUGAAACGUUCUGCUGAUUUAUUUCUAGCCUAAGAGCAAGCUCCCCUGUGGCUCCCGGGGAUGCGGGGUUGGGGCAGUUAAGAGGGAGAGCUUGCUCACAGGGUAAUUUAUUUCAUGUCUUGCUUCCCAGGUUUUUACUGGAGUUUUCAUGAUGGAAAUGGCUCUGAAAUUGAUCGCUUUUGGCCUCAAAGAGUAUUGCAAGAACAAGUGGAAUUUGUUUGACGGCACAAUUGUUAUUCUUAGUGUACUGGAUAUGGCGCUGACCUACUCCAAAACCAUCGAAGGCGCAGGAUUGAGUGUACUUCGAACGUUCAGAUUGGUAAGUCGGUACAAUGAAACAUCAUCAUACAACCCACCCGUUUUGCUGUUUUUGCUGCAAAAGCCAAUCGGGCGUGAGAAAGUAAACUGCGACCAAGAGCGAGAGCGUUAAUUAGUUUGUUGUUUUGUGGCAAGUUUGCGUGUCGUUUUUAGUACUUUGCAGUAAAGAAUCGCAGUCUGUAAAUGUGAAUAUCAUAUUAUCCACUCCCCUUAGGGCUUUUCAGGGAUAGUUUACAACACUGGUUGGGUUACUUAGCCAGACUGGUUAAGGUGCAGUUUACAAGUAAUGAAGGAGUGAGUAAUGAUGCCCCCAUACAUAUGUGUGAAAGUGAGAUAGACCACUACACCGGGCACUACGUGCCCUACUCUUUACGAAGAGUGUGUGGGUUCUUUAACGUCUCACAGAUUUAUUACAUCUGCAAGGGCUUGUGAGACGGGGCCUACGGUUUAUCGUCCUCAUCCGAGAAGACUAGAAAGUCAAGCUGUUUGCAGAUGUUAUUACAAAGGCAGCACUUUCUCCUCAGUUAUUUAAAGACCCUGAGUGUUGGUCCGGCCGGGGUUUGAGCCUACGGCCUCCCGCUCAGCAGACUACAGCAUUUAUCUGGUAUUUUUGCAACAAUUCGCCUGUUAACUGAAAAUAGGUUAUUAACUCACGAGCUUUUUAAAGUUUGCCUUCAAUAAUGGUUACACAGGAAAACACUUGAAAGGGGAGGAAAGAUGGGAAUCAUCACCUAAGAAAGGUAGUUUCUACCUCGGAAAACCUUGGAUCUCCCUUAUCAAAGUUCCUAGUUCCGUCCCUGGAUGUUACAAGAGGAAAUUAUAUUAACAAUUUUCACUGUUAGGGCUUCUCUUCUUCCACAGCUCAGAGUUUUAAAGCUAGCACAGUCCUGGAAAACAAUGGGAGAUCUUCUCAACACCAUCGGAAGCAGCGUUGGAGCAGUGGGAAAUAUCACGGUGAUUCUCGCCAUUAUAGUUUACAUGUUCGCUGUUGUAGGCAUGCAGCUCUUCCAGGAAGCCUACAAAAACGAGAAUGCGUUUAAAGACAAGAAAAUACCACGGUGGAAUUUCAGUGAUUUUGGUCACUCCUUUAUGGUUAUUUUCAGGAUAUUAUGUGGCAAAUGGAUUGAACCGUUGUGGUGGACGAUGCGGGCUACCAGUACUGCAGCAAUUAUCUUUAUUUUGCCGGCUUUCGUGAUCGGAAAUUUUGUCAUUCUGAACCUUUUUCUUGCUCUGCUGUUGAACUCGUUCAGUUCCGGGGAUGAUGUAGAGGAGGACGAAGAGGAGAACAAGAAAAAGGAAGAAGAAAAGAAAAAGAAGAAAAAGAAGAAGAAGCGACCAGAUAUCAUUCGCUUACUAAUGUGCAAAAAGAACAAAAACCUGUCUGGGAGUCGGGGGAAGGUGGGUCCAGACGAAGACGGUGACGGAACGGAGGGAGAUGUAAAUUCUAGAACGAUAAGCCCAACAGACGAUCUUGGCAAAAAGAAGGCGGCGGUGACAUUAUCUAAUAAUCUUAAGAAUGGUGAUCAAGAGAAUGGAUAUGAAAUGACUCUUGUACACCGUGUGCCUAAUGGUCAGACGCAACAGGAGAAUUAUAAUGGCUACAAGUACAACUUUGGUGAGUUAUGACUCGUCUGAACCAGUACUGCCAGCCACAUUGAGAUUUCCUCUCUUUGUUUCUAUAGCGCAUUAUUAAGUACUUAACGUGCGUUACUGGACUCAUUUCUUGGCAGUUGAUUGUUAUUAUGACCUGCAAGGUCUGUAACGAUUGACGGUUUUUAGAAUUUGGGCGGGUCUCAACAGGUACUCAAUAAGUUAUGGCUGGGUAUUUUCUUGGUUAGUCUCCUUCGCAGCCGUUCGGGCCGGAGUCACGUAACGCUCUUAGAGUAAUACAUGAUCUGACCACAUUUGCUAAGUUAGCGACAUCUUUGCAGUUGUAUCCUAACCCAUUGGGUAGCACCUUGGCUCUUCCAAUACCAUUAUUAAAUCGGUCAAUGUACUUAGGUGUUCCAUUAUCGUUAUCUCAAUAUAACCGAGAGAGUUAAGGUGAUUGCUCCAUCUCUUGACUAACAUGAUAACUAGUACUUCAGUAGUUGAUAUUUCAGCCAUAAUGAGAUUGAGGUUGUUUACCAUUUACUAAACGUUUCCGGAAAAUGUGGUUGUAAAGUAAAUGGAACGCGGCUUUUCUUGUCGUUCCAGUGAGAAAUUUUCAGGAGCAACAGAACAUCUGAAAAGAUAGUCCAGUUUUUACUGGACGAAAUGUUCCGAGCGGAAAUUCGUGUUUCAUUUGUUAAAACCCGUCUUUGAUACUAGUUUCAGGCAUUUGCGGCCGUUUUUCGGUAAAAGUAACUGAUUUGUCCGAAUGGUAAACACAGUCCGUAAUGAAAUUUGCCAGUCGUGUCCGUAAUGAAAUUUGCCAGUCGUGAAUUUUUCUUAUCCUCUGCCCAAAACCUUGAACCGAUCGGUUUGCCCAGGUAAAUGGUUAUUAACCAGAACAACUUCAUCAACUUCGUCUUAUUUAUGCUAAAGAUUGACUGUCACAGCAUUGCCCGUUAGCAGUUCCACAUCGAGGGAACAUGCCCUAAGCGAUGUUUGCGGAGUGACUCUGUAAGAUCGGGAGCAUGAGAAAGCCUGGUAUCCAUGCAUCUAACACUUGAAAUGUUAUUUUGUCAGAUGAAACUCCUGGUAAACCUGUUGGACGCAACACCAAGGUGAAUUCCCCUCCCAUUGAGAAUCGUCACUCCCUUACCACCGCGCUUGAUCUGGACGAGGCUGCAUUGAGAAUAAGGGACCUUUCGGACUCCAAUAAGAAACUUCCACGCGUUAACCGUGUGAAAAGUGACGAUAGACUGGGAUCUAGCGACAACAACCUUAGCAACGGGGAUCUGGUAGGAAACGGCUCUGCGCCUGUGGUGAUAAACGGAAACUCGCGCAUGUCUGCUGGGUCAUCGCACAAAGAUGUAAGUCUCGGUGACAUUGAGUCACGCAUUCCGCCCAACAGCCCCGGACAUGACUCAAAGCGUGACACAAUUGUCACGGUAGAGAGCUGCGACACUACUGCUACAAGCGCUGGCGUGCGACCAUGUUGUCCGGGAUUCUGCUACUGUGACAGCAACUGCUGCUCUAAUUACAAAGAGUCUUGCAUUAGGAGAACCUGGCAUGGACUGCGCUAUCACGUCUGUGUGUUUGUGGAGCAUAAGUAUUUUGAAUGGUUCAUUCUCUUCAUGAUUGUCAUCAGUAGCUUAACACUGGUGAGUUACUAGUUCAGUUCAGUUCAGUUCAGCUUAUUUAGCCAAAAUAAAUUACAAUUCAAGGAUACAUAAUAUAUAGAUUUAGCCAGGGCUAAAAGCGAAGAAGCUGCAAUUAAUAAUUUAAAUCAAACAAUAAACUUUUAAUCCACAAAUCAGUUAACUUAAAGGCACAUUCAUGUGACUUUUGAGGGAAAGGCUAAGUUAUUUUAGAGUGAAACAUCUUACAUCGAAUUGGUAACCUUAUAUGUACAUCCAAAAAAUAGCAAACAUCUUCGAUCACAUUCAAGAUCACAGUAGAUUAGGUCUCGAAAACAAAUUCUUGGAAAACAAAUCACGCCAAAUUUUUUUGCGCUCGACAGGUUUACUUUACAAAUUCUUGUCAACAAAUCUGUGGGUGUUUAAACCAACCUUUUAUAAUUUUUAUACAAUACAUUUGAGGUUAAACAGUACUAUUUAACAUACAGAACUCGGGCAGAAUGUGGUAUUUCACAAUUUUUCAAGACAAAUUGCAUUCAGUCAAUAUUCAGGACGAUCAAUCGUGAGCUUUAAGCGCAACCGUUCAAAUAUUUCCAAAAUCACCUAUACGGCCAGCUGGUUCUCGUUUCUAUGGUGUGAGUUGUCAGCGUGGUCGAGUGUUUGAAUAAACUUUAAUAGAGUUACGCUUCAACAUAAUAGCAAAUUUAUUAUUAUUUUUUUUGUUAUUUAAUGGUUUCAUGAUCAGUUAUAACGAUGUGUGAUCUUAUAAAGCGUUUGAUACGCGCGACAUUUUUGAGCGACAUUUUUGAGUACUCCUGCAAGAGAUGUUCAUGAACGGUGAAAGCAAACGGCACGCACAAGCGAUUAAAAUAGCAAGAGAGACUACUAACAAUCAAAAAACAGAAAUAUAAUUCGGUGAAAAAUUUACAGAGACAACAAUUUUCACUCACGAAAACAAGUAUUAAAGUGUCUCUAAAAAUCCUGAGUCUUAAGCUUAAGCCUGCUUCCCGGCGCGGUGUUUACUGUUUUCGAAGGUGAACUCCUCGAAGCAAGAAAAUCACUCAAAGUUUUCUUUCUACAGCCAAAUUUAUAACUAAAUAUUCUUCGGAACGUUUUCUUUCUAUUUGUGGUGAGCAAAUAUAUCUGAAGACUUUUUAGAGUUCUGUAAGCUUGUAUCAAACCUGAUACUAGGUCAGAUCAUUGACUCAAAUCCUACAAACGUGCAUAAACUUGCCGCAUAAACUGUCAGCGUGAAUUGUGUAAGACCUCAUGAAAUUAGAUAUAACAAAAACAAACAUCAAAUAGAAUGAUUAAUUAGGCUUACCAUUCGAGAUUCAGUUCCUGAAAGCUAUCAAGGAAGGCCACAGUUGCUUGAGACUUUUAAACCCUCUUACGCAUUAAGCAAGGUGAAAAACAAAAACGAUGCCAUCCGAAAUUAGCCUGAAUUUCAUCCGAUUACUUCGAGUCGUUAUUACUCCCUCGGUAAGAAUAAUAAUAUAUAGAUCUAGCCAGGGCUAAAAGCGAGGCUCCCAUUAAUAAAUUAAUAAACUUAUAUUCCACAAUUCAGUUAACUUUAGAGCACAUUCAUGUGACUUUUCAGGGAAAGGCUAAGUGAUUUUAGACAAAAAUAGUUUGCAAACAACCCCAGAGUGAACCAAAUCUUACAUCGAGUUGAUGGCCUCAUAUGUACACCCAAAAACUGGCAAUCAUCUUCGAUCACAUUUUUUAAGAGCCAUGGCUCUUGAUCACCGUAGGUUAAUUAGGCCUGCAAAAACGUUCCGGCCGAAUUUUUUGCGUUCGACAAGUUUACUUUACAAAAUAUUGCCAACAAAUCUGGGUUCGUGUAAAUCAACCUUAUAUAUCAUUUAUACAUCACAUCUGAGGUGAAACAGUACUAUGAGGCACUGUUUUUAUCAUACAGACCUCGGACAACAGAAUGCAGUAUUUGACAGUUUUGCAAUACAAAUUGCUAUCAUUCAAUAUUCAGCACGAUCAAAGGACGCCUGGGCUUUAGCUAAACCGUUAAAAAAAGUUCCAAAAUCACCUAUAGGGCCAGCCGGUUCUGAUUUUUGCAGUGCUAGCUGUGGCGAGUGUUUGAAUGAACAUUAACACAGUUAAGCUCCAAUAUAAUAAAGAAUUUAUUAUGUUUAUUUUUUAUUUUAAAAUGGUUUAACGCGCGGCAUUGUUCACUGAACGAAUGAAAACAAUCGGCACAGCGAUUAAAAUUACAAGAGAGACUACUAAUAAUCAAUAAAAGACAUAAAAUUCGGUGAAACAUAUACAGAGACGACAAUUUUCAUUCAGGAAGACAAGUAUUAAAGUGUCUCUAAAAAUCCUGAGUCUUCGAACUUAAAGCUGAAGUUUUUGUUUUAAGCCGGCUUCCCGGUGUUUGCUUUUUUCAAAGACGAACUCGAGGCAAGAAAAUCGCUCAAAGCUUCUUUUACAGCCAGAAUUAUAACUAAAAAUUCUUUGGAACGUGUUCUUUCUAUUUGCGGUGAGAAAAUGUCUUAAGGCUUUUUAAAGAUCUGUAAGCUUAUAUAAACCUGAUACUCGGUCAGAUCAUUGUCUCAAAAUCUUACAAACGUGCGUAAACAAAAUAGCCGCAUAAACUACGCUCGACUUCAUUAAAUUAGAAAUAAAAAACAAACAUCAAAUACAAUAAUUAUGCACUUAUCAAUUGAAACCCCGACCCCCCCCACCCCGGGCCUAUGUGGGGCAAUGUGGGGGAUUUUUAUGGUAUUUGAAGGCAUGGUUAGCCCGUGGGGGUGGGGGAUUUCUCAGGAUUUGCUUAGCAUAUUCAUGGCAGUCCAUGGAAGUCGGGGAGCGAGGUGGGGAUUUGACUCGUGCCUAGUUUCCUCACGGUAAUUUCUUCACGUGAUCACUGGUAUUUUGAUGUAUUGCUCGGCCGUAAGUUUCCUAAUUGUUUUUCCUUUCAUUUCUUCACUGAGACUAAUCCUUUGCGAUUUUCCCUUGAGCUUUCAUGGUUCGUUGACUGGAAAUUGUUAUUGUUAUUCAAAACUUCUCAAACAAUGCAGAUACAAACUCCUCUACUUAUUAUAAAAGGUGCUGUGUCACGGCUAUCUGGUUCAUUUUGUUAAUAUUGCCAGUUACGUGGUCCCUAUUCGCUUUUGAGUGUUACGUUGGCAAAGAAAUGAAGAAAUCAAAGCUUCGUUUUAAACAGAUGUUUCUCCCAAGCAUAUCAAGCGUUACGGACGAAAACAAUGAACUUUGAAAAACUGUUAGGUUAACAAGUUUUCAAAAACCAAAAUUUCAAUCCGUUUUAAUCUUCUUCAUGUUUUCCCAUCUGUACCUUCUUUUGUAUUUGCUGAGUCAUUUAUACCAUCUUUUAAUGUCUUAAGCGGUUAUUUUUAUGUUUCACUCAAUUUGGUGGCAGUUCCCACAGCCUACAUUUUGGUAAAUUUCAUGACACAGCUCGUUUAACGUCUAGUGUUAAACCCAUGUGGUUUCUGAAGUUCUAUAUUUCCUCAUUCUUUAAGCCAAAAUAUAAAAUAUAGCUCCUAGGAACUAUUUUAUGCAGUCUAUUUAUAACAUCAGCUUGUGAAGGUUAAGGUAUGUUGGCUGCUAUUUUCAAUUAAACUUAUCAUUGCAGAUAUUACUUUCAAUGGAGAUGGUACGGAUUUCCUUUUAAUAUAACUUUUAUAGCAAUGUGCUACUCCAUCAUCCAUUUUGUACCCUGACUUUUUUAUAAGUGGGUAGGGGUCAUUAUGUUUACUUAUUGUCAAAUAUUUGUUGUACUCCUGGUUGUAUUUAUAUCUUGGUCUGUUAUCAUAUUUGCCUUUUUGCUGUAGUAAAUUUGUCAAUAUUAAGAAGUUGAAAAUUCGAACGAAAUAUUAAUAAAGUCAGUCAGGGAAUUAAAAAAGGUUUCCCCACCUGGGUGGGGGUUUUACCAGUCAAUAUGCCCCAGUAGGGUGGGAGUUUGCUAAGAUUUGUAAUGAUGUCAAGUCAAAUCCCCACCUUGGCCCGGGGGGGGGGUCGGGAUUUCAAUUGAUAAGUGCAUUACUCAGGCUUACCACUCGAGAUGAAGCUCCUCAAAGGUAUCAAGUUAGGCCAGUAUCGCUUCAGACUUUGAAACCCUCUUACGCAUUAAGCAAGGUGAAAACGAAAACGAUGCCAUCCGAAAUCGGAUUUCCAACUUUGACAAGUGAAGUAUUUCUCAACCAAAAACCCAAUAAACAAACUAUUAGCCAUGGAUAACAGAAGACUUCCGAUAGCAGCUGAAUUUCAUUUUGUACAUCCAAUGGAAAAGGACAGUUAAAAACAUCACAAGUCGGCACAAAACUCUGUCAGCUUCAGCUGUCAAAGUAAACAAGAUUCAAGAUGCUGCCUAAAUUUUCCGCAUGAACUCACCUGUCAAAUUUGACCAAUCAGAGCAUAAAAAUUGGACGUAGAACGUGACCAACGCGUGAACAUGGUGACAAAAGUCAAAAGCAACUGUCUUCCCUGCCUGUAGCAGCUGACUGAAUUUUCGCGUCCGAGGUCAGUUUGAAAUCAAAAUUUUAAUUGUGCGGCACAUAAACACAACAUAUUUCAUAUGAAUUUAAAAAAAAAAAAUUAAACUUGAGCCUGCGAUCAUUUGAAAACCAGUACCUUGUCAGCGGAUAACUUCAAAAAAAUACUUGACCUCGAUGGGUCGACACCUGAGCCCGCGAUCCGCUCAAGUGAUACUGGUCAGCGGAUAUCUUGUUUUGACAGCUGCCAAUUGAUCACACAUUGAUGUCCAAUAUGUGUAUCAGUUUUCCUGUGCUCCGAUCCCAAACUAGCUAAAAAGUAUGAUUGAACAUUGUUCUCGAUCUAGUAAAACGAUGAACUGGUCAGCGGACAGCUUCCAAAUAAAUCACGUCACCUCGAUGAGUUGACACAUGAGCCCGCGAUAUGGUCAUGGGAUACUGGUCAGUGGUUAUCCUGUUUUGACAGCUGUCAAUUGACCAUAUUGUGAGUGUCAUAUAUAAAAGAUGAGGACUUGCCAAGACAGGCCUGAGACACCCCUCCCUUCCUUUUGAUAGUCUCCCCUACCCUACCCGUACAAUCUGUAGACGCGUACGUACGUACGCUCGGUCAGUCACGUGACAACCAAACGAAAAGAGGUUGACCAUAUUCCAUGAGUAUGGGGCUCUGUCCCACGCGCGCUUCGCGCGCGCGGGAGCCCCGCUAAUAUUGUUGAGAGGAGAAAACGACUCGAAGCAAUCGGAUGAAUUUCAGGCUAAUCCGAAAUCGAAUUACCGAAUUUUGACAAGCGACGCAUUUCUCAACCAAAAACCCAGUAAAUAAACCAGCCAUGAAUAACAGAAGACUCUUGAUAGCAGCUGUAUUUCAUUUUGUACAUCCAGAGGAAAAAGACAUUUAAAAACAUCACAAGUUGACACAAAACUCUGUCAGCUUCAGCUGUCAAAGUAAACAACUUUCAAGAUGCUGCAUAAUUUUUCCGCAUGAUCUCACCUGUCAAAUUUUGACCAAUCAGAGUAUAAAAAUUGGAGACGAACCUAUCAUAACAAGGAUGAGAACCAAGUCAGCCCAAAAAUCUGUUGUGAAGCACUAUCCUCUUUUAACUGUAUACCAAUUUUCUUUACAGGUUUUUGAAGACAUACAUCUAGACAAGAGAAAGACCUUGAAAAACAUGCUAUCUGUUAUGAAUUACAUUUUUGCUGUCACCUUCACUUUGGAAAUGCUGCUAAAAAUUUUCGGAAUGGGUUUCGUGGGUUAUUUUUCGAACCUAUGGAACUGUCUGGAUUGUUUCAUAGUGGCGGUAAGUCUUGGAGAAUGUUAGGCUUUUCACUUAGUCGAUAGCCUGCGUAGCAGGCGCUAGGAAGAAAUAUGCGAGAAAGAACGAUGCGCGCGACGGAGGCUCGCGACGGUCUCUCUUCCCUCGCGUGUCUCCCUCGCGCACCGUGUGCGGCCAUUUAUACUUCCAAGAUUCCAAGCGCGUACUACCAGGUUACUGAGUCGAAAGAACCAGACAAAAAAAUGUAGUCGAUCGUUUUGCCAACAUCUUCGAGAUGUUGAAAAGAAAUGACGAAGACGCAUCGAACCCAGUAGUGCAGCAUUUCAACCUUCCGAAUUAUUCUGGUCAAGACAUCAGAAACCAUGGUAGUUUGCAGUCUCUCCCUACAUCAAGGUUGGCGGCCUCGGCCGAGCUGAACGCAUGGCUGUCCAGUUUGCCCGAUCUUUCAUACAUACCUAGAGAUUUUGGCUCAAACACCAUCACUCUCACGUGAAAUUUUGCUGACUAAGCCGUUUAACCGACUGAAAAGGUCAACAUGGAUCACUCACAUCAGCUGGUGAUCACACCGUCGGUAACGCCGAGAAACUGCUUUUUGUUGUUGUUGUUGUUGGAAAGAAUGGGAUGUCAGUAAAACGCUAGACUGCAAAACAGUCCGUAUUUUUGCUAAUUCAGGUACUCCCGAGCAGUCAACAACAACAACAUAAGUAAUGAUUUACUUACUAAUUUGUUAUCAAAUCAUGCUGAUGACACUUGAUUGACUGUAGUAAUCAUUGCAUUGCAUUAUCAUUGUUAUAAAUUUUAACUUUAAUUAUUAUUCUGUGUAAGGUAGCUGAAUUAAGUCGAAAAAAAUUUUCUUGGAUUUGAUUGUAGAAUUUCUCCCUUGGGAUUGAAUAUUUUCGACAAUGGAAGAGAAAAUGAAAUUCGCCUUCAAUUAUACCAGAGUUACAAAUAGGGCAGAAUCUAUCGUUGCGGGAAGUUUGAUUAUAUCUUCCAGUUUUAAUCAUGAGUUUGUGGUUACUUAAACGAAUUUUCACUAAGUCUUUCCUAUUAGCUGAAUUUCUAAUUAAGUCUAGAUAACUUGAAAUUUUAAAACAAAAGGUCGACUGGAGUAAGGCUGAAAACGGAGAAUGAGACUGAAGAGAGACGCUUCACCCAGCCAAAGGCAUUUCGCAUUGGCUAAAUUUUGAUGCAAGCUGCCAAGUAAUGUUAACAUUAAGUCAUUCGCAAUGUUCCCAACCGUGAUGAUUUCCUAAAGCUUUUGCCGUAAGUAGCGGUUGAAGACUGCCUGGACGCGCGAUUAUCGCGUGUGAGACUCUUAAGCUACGCUAACCCAUUAUACGUUUCUGGGAAACUGCCCACCUACCCCUCCCCUAAGUCAACAUUUUGCCCUAAGUGAGAAGUAAGUGUUAAUGUUGGCUUAGGGGGCGGGUAGGUGGGCAGUUUGUUGAUGCCGUAUCCUCUGCCGUUUCUUUUCAGGUUUCCCUUGCAAGCAUCACUGGCAAUAAGAACCUACAGUCGUUUAGAUCUCUUAGGGCGCUAAGGCCUCUCAGAGCCAUCUCACGGUUUGAAGGAAUGAAGGUACAUAAACGAAAAAAAAAAUAGGCACUGCAUUAGAACGUUAACUUAUUAGUAAAAGUGGCAUAAGACUGACUGGUAUUCUUUUCGGUUUCAUUCUGAAAUACAGGCGUCUUUCGGGCGCGUCGAAAUUCUUAGUGAUCGGGUUGCCUCCAUUUGCUGAGAAAUCUUUACUUUAAAAUCAGAGGAAAAGUGGGAGAUUAUCGACUCGUCCCGGCUCCUGAAGAGUUUUUUUUGUUGCAAUUCAACAUGGCGGGUGUGUUCUCGUGCGUCCAGUAGCGAUACUCACGCUGACGUCACUUAUUGAUAUUUAUGUGCCAAAAAGAAGCGCAUUGGUUCUUGAAAUAAAAGAUUGUUUUGUUUCACUCGUUACAAUAACAAAAACAAUGUUUGUAAACAGUGGUAUCCUCAAUUGCCAAUUGCAGGCUACUUUAGACUGUAAUCAUACGAUUUGUCUAAUCGCGACAGGUGUUAACAAUGUUUGUUAUGUAGUAUUUGAGAUAUUCUUGCAAAAGCUGGGUCGGAAGAAGUUGAAUUGACGCUAUCUGCUAAUUCGUAUAAUUUAUUUCAUAGAUUGUAGUCAAUUCCCUUGUUCACGCUGUGCCGGCGAUUGUCAAUGUGAUGCUCGUUUGCCUCAUUUUCUGGCUAAUCUUCAGCAUCGUUGGUUAUCAGUUGUUCGGUGGUAAAUUCUACAAGUGCGUAAAUGCUUCAACGCUUGAAAGGCUCGAUGACACGGUGGUGAAAAACGCUUCUAUGUGUGAGGCGACUAAUGGUACGCGUUGGAUGAAUUCAAAGAUCAACUUUGACACGUCAUUGCAAGGAUUCUUAGCGUUAUUUCAAGUUGUACGUAUUGUUCUUCUCCAGCUUAUAAAUAUA